AUGAAUGAAACAUUGAAGCAAAACCGUCUCUUGAGAGAACCUGGAGAUAAUAGUUCAUAUCCCUCCUCUUCAAAUGAUGGAAAGAGUCAUCCAGAUCAUCAGAGAAAUGUAUCUGAAUUUCGCCUUGAUGAUCAUGGCGAAACAUCUGGUGGACAGUCUUCUUUAUAUGCUCGUUCUAGGGAGCAUAUGAGUUCUCAAAAGGCAGUAUCGUUGCCUUCAUCUCCUCAUGAAUUUAGGAGUCAAACUUCUGAGAAAGUUGGGACUUCAGACUAUAUGGUAAAUGAUGAAAUGGUCUCAACAUGGAACAAAAUUCUGGAGUCAUCCAUGUUCCAAAAUAAGCCUCUGUUACCUUACCGUGAAUGGAAUAUCGAUUACUCGGAAUUAGCUGUUGGUACUCGUGUUGGGAUUGGAUUUUUUGGAGAAGUUUUUCGUGGAAUUUGGAAUGGAACAGAUGUAGCCAUCAAGGUUUUUUUGGAGCAAGAUCUGACUGCUGAAAAUAUGGAGGAUUUUUGUAAUGAGAUUGCCAUUCUUAGUCGGCUUCGACACCCAAAUGUUAUACUAUUUCUUGGUGCAUGCACAAAGCCUCCACGUUUGUCAAUGGUUACCGAAUACAUGGAGAUGGGAUCAUUGUAUUAUCUGAUCCACAUAAGUGGUCAAAAAAAGAAACUCAGCUGGCGGAGGAGAAUUAAGAUGCUGCGUGAUAUAUGCAGAGGGCUGAUGUGCAUACACCGGAUGAAGAUAGUUCAUCGCGAUCUAAAAAGUGCAAAUUGCCUUGUGAAUAAGCACUUGAAGGUCAAGAUCUGCGAUUUUGGGCUCUCAAGAAUGAUGACAAAUGGACCGAUGAAAGACUCCUCAUCGGCAGGGACUCCAGAAUGGAUGGCUCCUGAACUGAUCCGCAAUGAACCAUUCACAGAGAAAUGUGAUAUUUUCAGUCUUGGGGUCAUAAUGUGGGAGCUCUACACUUUAAAUAGACCAUGGGAUGGCACACCACCAGAGCGGGUAGUGUAUACUGUAGCCAAUGAGGGGUCGCAAUUGGAGAUUCCGGAAGGUCCCCUAGGCAGGCUAAUUGCAGAUUGUUGGGCAGAACCGAAUGAACGACCUAGCUGUGAGGACAUUCUUGCUCGCUUGCUGGACUGCGAGUAUUCGCUCUGCUAA